CCUCUUCGACGAUCUCGUCCAUUUGCGCCGGCGGCGGGCCGAGGGAUUGGUAGGGGGAACUGAAGUGAAUCCAGAGUUGCGGGUCGGGGCCUCGGGGGAGAACCGAUGACGUGGCGUGCCUGCUUCUCUGGUCCGGUUGGACCCACCUGACGGGAGGCUCUGCCAGGUGGGGCCCUGAGCCAGUACUGCAGCUUUCUCGCGCGUGUGUGCAAACUGAAUAAAAAAAGAGUAAAGAUGACGCUAGCUGGCGGCUGCGUAACAUGGACCGUCCGAUCCCCAACGAUGGGCGGCGGAUCAACCUUUACCUGCCUUGUAACGACUGACGAGAGCACUCGCGCAGAAUUAUCACAGGCCGCCACGGCCUUAUCACCGGUGGCCGCUCCGCUCCCUCCAAAGCUCCGGCCAUGUCCGCCCCCGCCCCGACCCCGACCCCCAUCCCGCUGACCACCGCCGCCGAGCUGCGGCAGCACCACUCGCAGCUGGUCCGCCUGGGCCUCGCCUCCCACCCCGCCCACGCGCGCCGCCUCCUCUCCUUCCUCGCCCGCGACCCCGACUCCCACUUCCCCUACGCGGCCCGGCUCCUGGCGCACCACCCGGACCCGCACCCGGCGCUCUUCAACCCGCUCUUCCCCGCGCUCCCGCCGCGCCACGCCGCGCGGCUCCUGGCCCUCAUGCUCUCCCUGCCCCUCGCCCCCGACCACUUCACCUUCCCGCGCCUCCUCCCCGGCGCCCACCCGCUCCACCUCGUCGCCCAGCUCCACGCGCUGCUCCUCAAGCUCGGCUUCCACGCCCACACGCAGUCGCUCAACGCGCUGCUCGCCGCGUACCUCGCCAACGCGCGGCCCAACCUCGCGUCCCGCGUCUUCCGCGGGGGCGGCGCCCUCGACGUCGUGUCGUGGACCACCAUGGUCGGCGGGCUCUGCAAGCUGGGGCUGGUCGACGCCGCGCGGGAGGUGUUCGACGGGAUGCCGGAGCGGAACCUGGUGUCGUGGAACGCGAUGAUGUCCGGGUACGUGAAGGCCGGGCGGUUCCUGGACGCGCUGGAGGUGUUCGACGAGAUGCGGGCGCGCGGGGUGGAGGGGAACGGGUUCGUCGCGGCGACGGCGGCGGUGGCGUGCACGGGCGCCGGCGCGCUGGCGCGCGGGAGGGAGGUGCACCGCUGGGUGGAGCGGACCGGGGUCGUGAUGGACGAGAGGCUGGCGACCGCCGUGGUCGACAUGUACUGCAAGUGCGGCUGCGUCGAGGAGGCGCGGCGCGUGUUCGAGGCCCUGCCGGCCAAGGGGCUCACGUCGUGGAACUGCAUGAUCGGCGGGUUCGCGGUGCACGGGCGGGGCGAGGACGCCGUCGAGCUGCUCGGCCGGAUGGAGAGGGAGGGCGUGGCGCCGGACGACGUCACGCUGGUGAACGUGCUCACGGCCUGCGCGCACGCGGGGAUGGUCGGCGAGGGCCGCCGCUGCUUCGACCACAUUGUUCGGAGAUACGGCAUCGAGCCCAAGAUGGAGCACUACGGCUGCAUGGUCGACUUGUAUGGAAGAGCAGGGCAGCUGGGCGAAGCCAAGAAGGUGAUCGACGACAUGCCCAUGGAGCCGGACGUCGGCGUCCUCGGCGCGCUCUUCGGUGCGUGCAGGAUCCACGGCGACGUGGAUCUGGGCGAAGCCAUCGGGUGGCGCGUCAUCGAGCUGGAUCCCCAAAACAGCGGCCGCUACGUGCUGCUGGCGAACCUCCUCGCCACUGCCGGCCGGUGGGAGGACGUGGCCAGGGUCCGGCGGCUGAUGGACGAGCGGAACGUGAGCAAGGAAGCCGGGCGGUCCGUGAUCGAGGUCGACGGCGAGGUCUGCGAGUUCCAGUGCGGGAGCCUGUGCCAUCCCCAGGCGGAGGAGGUGUACGCCAUGGCCAGGGACAUGAUGAUGAGGAUCGGGGCAGAGGGAUACGUGCCUGACACGAGGGACGUGCUGCACGACAUUGCAGAGGAGGAGAAGGAGACGCCGCUGCUCUACCACAGCGAGAAGCUGGCUAUCGCCUUCGGGCUGCUGCGCACGAGGCCCCGCGACACGAUGCGGAUCACGAAGAAUUUGAGAGUCUGCAGGGACUGCCACGAGGCGACCAAGUUCGUGUCUCGCGUCUUUGAGCGCGAGAUCGUGGUCAGGGACAGGAACCGGUUCCAUCAUUUCAAGGAUGGGAAGUGCUCGUGUAAAGAUUAUUGGUAGAAUCCAUUAAGAAAUUUACGUUAUUCUCAAAGAUGGAGCUUAGCCUUUUUAUCUUAGUUUUGUUUCAUCCAUCUGGUUUAAGAGCAUGCCAUAUACGGUAAUUAGUGUUGCAAUUAUAAACAAGUCUACGAGAAUAAGAUAUGACCUGCUUACUGGCUUGGUUUCGAUAAAUUUGGAAACAUC